AUGCUGACACGAAAGGAGGUCGUCAUUGCCCGUGCAAUUUUUGAGUACUGCAUGAAUCAGGACUGCAAUAUGUACAAGGUGCAUCCAGCGCUGGAGCGUGUCCACGAUGAACGAUCGCGUAGCAUCAAGGUUGACAUCUUUACCUUCUUGCGGAAGUUGUGUCCAGGUGUGCAGCCAAUGCACUUACGCAUGUUUGAUGGGUGGCUUCAGCAGUUCGACAAGAUGCAGCAUCGGCAGAAGUUCGUUGAGGCCUGCGAGCAGUCGGUGGCCAUUUUGUCGCAUACGAACACGAAGCCCGUCAUUCCCGAAGUGGAGCUGGCCAAAGUGGAGAGGCAAUUUCGAGAAAUCGAUGUUGAAGGAAAAGGGCUAAUCACCCUGAAGCAGAUUGAGUUGGCAAUGAACCUGGAUAGUGGAAUAUUGAAGAAGUACGAUGUUUCGGAGGAUGGCUUCAUUGACAUUCACGAAUAUGUCGCGAUGAUGUGUCCGGAUGAGUUCCGACCUCCUGAGAUGAGUGGCUUCGACCAGGAGGUCUUAGGCACGUUGCUCUUGAGCUGGGCGACCCGUCAUCGAGAAGAGUUGGAUGAACAGAAGGCCUUGUAUGCAGGAGGAGUUGAGCGCAAGAACGAAAUGCCUGCAUCCAUGCGGCCGGAAGUCCCUGAAGAGACAUGGACCGCUUGGAACUCUGUAUUUGAUCGAUUGGAUACAGACCACGAUGGAGUUAUGUCGGCAGCAGAGUUGAGGUCGUCGAUGCUUCUCUCCCAGCGAGUUUGUGAUCAGCUCAUCAUCUCCGCGCAAGUCGAUGGGCAUGGUGGCAUUCCUCGAAGAGACUUCUUGCUCGCCCUUCUGGACUACAAUAAGUUGCGCCGACCUGGUUUUGUGAUGAGCGCAGCAGAUAGUUAA